AUGGCUUGUGGGGGUUCUGGCAUUACGCCUAUGCUAAUCCUGACGGUGUUCAUCACCUGUUUUGGAUCGUCCUUCGUCAUCGGUUACAACUCGGGCGUGGUGAAUCUUCCCAGUGACCAUAUCAAAAAAUUUUUGAGCGACAACGUUAGCGGAAAAGUUAGUACCUCAUUCCUAUAUGCCUUGGUCAGUGCAGUGUUUGUGGUGGCUGGUGCCGCGGGUUCUUUCUCAUCUGGUGCAAUAGCAGAAUCAUUGGGAAGGCGAAACACCUUGCUUAUUAACCAUAUAUUCUCGAUCGUUGGGGCGGUAUUGAGUGGACCUUGCGUGGUCGCCAAAUCACCCGCUCUGUUGUAUGUUGGCAGAAUCGUGACCGGUUUCAAUGCUGGCAUUAGCCUGGGUGUCACAUCAAUGUAUCUGACGGAAGUAUCACCGCAAGACAUUCGAGGUGCUAUCGGAGCUUGUCAUCAAUUGGCUGUGACCAUUGGUAUCAUGAUGUCCUACAUUCUCACCCUGGAUAAGAUUCUGAACACCGACAGAUUUUGGCCGUUGGCUAUGGGGUUAGCAGCUGUACCAGCGACCAUCUCACUGUUUAUCCUACCGAUUUGCCCAGAAAGCCCCCGAUUCUUGUUUAUGAAAAAAGGCAAGGAAUUCGAGGCACGCAAAGCUUUUGUCAAACUGAACUCCAAAGAAGAUCCAGACGUCUUCAUCAAUGGCCUGAAAGAGGAAAUGGAAGCGGCUGCAAAACAACCCAAAUUCAAAUUCAUCCAAAUCUGUACUCGCAAAGAUUUACGGAUGCCCAUUCUCUUGGCUUGUCUGAUUCAAGUCCAGCAACAACUCAGUGGCAUCAAUGCAGUUAUUUCUUAUUCAUCCGUCAUGUUGGCAACUUCCGGCCUAGAAGCUGAUAAAAUUCAGUAUUGUGUAGUGGGUAUUGGUGUUUUCAAUGUGAUAGUCACAAUCAUCUCACUGCCUCUGCUGGAACGUGCCGGACGUCGACCUCUCCUUUUGUGGCCUGCCGUGAUGUUCCGACAAGAACCGCGUGCAGCAGCUUACGCUCUCAGUCAAGGAAUUCAGUGGCUGUCCAAUCUGUUGGUCUUGAUCAGCUAUCCUAGCAUUAAUGAUGCUAUCAAAGGUUACUCAUUCCUACCGUUCUUGGUGAUUGUGGUUGCCUGCUGGAUCGUAUUCUUCCUGUUCCUCCCGGAGACCAAGAAUCGUACAUUCGAUGAUGUGGCUAACGAACUGUCCUACCCGCAUGUCGUUAUUGGCAAAAGGUCGAAAACCUCAGAAAUGGAAAUCUUCUCCAAGGGACUCUCUAUAGCCGACGAGCAAUAUGACGCGUAA